UCCAUUCUUUCGCCAUCUCUCACCGUUCCGCAUGCUCUAUCAUCGGUUCCGGGCACCUUGGACUGGUCUGAUAGCAGCCUCUUUUUGUGCCUUCUAUGUUUAUUUAUCUUUAAUAUCGGGCCUAAUGCAUUGAAUCGCCUGCUUGGCCUCCUCCGCACGCGCCUGCCGUCCUUUUGGUUGAGCUCGUCUCUCUCUUCCUCCCGAGCCGACGCGACCCCCAGACGACGCGAUCGCCGCCUGAGCCUCUCCCUCUUCCUCAGUAUGCUCGUCCGUCCCGGCGCCGCGCGACGUACCCUCCCUACGAGCCGUCUGCUGCUCACUGGUCCGCUACGACGUCCUCCAACAUGUCCCAUCGCCUUUUCGCAACGGGUGCUCUCUGAGACCAAGCGUGUACUUACAACCGCAAGGGAUUCCCGCUCGUGGAAAAGGAGAGCCUGCCGAGCCCUUGUCAGUUUCGAGCGUACUCUGGCCACCACGGUGGAGGACCACCGCUACGGCGAUGACAUCCCCUUGGACGGCCUAACCCCUAUCUUGAGGGGGCAGCAUCACUCUGGCCCGUCGAAAGCGCCUCUUUACAAUCUGAAUUGGAUAAACCCCAAUUCGCCCUUGAUAAUCAGCGACGGCCCUCCGACGCACCAAAAAAGGGGACGCAUCAAUAUCCAUGGUAUUCCCGGCGAUCUUGAGGAAUUGCUGUCGAUAUUCGAUGCUUGCUUGCAAAUUGGCAGGUUAGACCGCGCCGCCAUGGUACUGGAUCGCAUUGCAAAGUCGGAUUUGUCGCCUCAAGAAGCGAUAGAGUUGCACGCCCGAUGGUUGCAAGCCCGCGUUGCCCAACUCGCCGCCGAGCCGGGUGUGGACAAGGCCGACGACGUCCACAGGUGGUUUGAGCUUCAAGUGCGGAACAGUCGGCUUCCCGUAACCACAGACAUCAUCGCCUACAUGCUCAAGGCGAGCCUGCUCACGUCCCAAGGCUCGCAACUCCACAGACGUAUCACCCGCUACAUGGGCCUUCUGCCCCAGCAAGCCGGCAUGGGAGACCUGUACCUUGGACGCGUGCUGACCGACCAGGACUUGGCCGCCAUUGCCCAGAUAUGUCCUGACUACAGCAUGCCCGAAACUAUCCCCCUCGGCCAAGAUGUCGAUGCCGAUGGUCACAACGAUCACGAAGCCGCGAGCGACAGUGGAGGCGGCUCAGGAGACACUGCAGAGCUGUCAGAGGCCAAGGUUCCGGCCGCGGCCGGCGAAGUUUUGAGCACACCGCAGAAAGGCAUGGGUCUCGAAAUGUUAAAAAAAGCCCUUUCGCUGCUUUCCGAGCUUCCGGAUGGGAGCGACAUAUCCUCCCUCUCCCGUGCGCAGCGCCGUGAACUCCAGUCCCGGCUAGAGAAGGAUUGCGUGGAUGCAGCCAUCGCUCGAUGGCGAGAAAUGAGUCAGAAUCUUAAGGAAAUGCGUAUCCAUGUUUCGUCGCCCUCUGUGACUUCCAGGCUUAACGAUUGGCAUGAGGCUCUCGAAGCUCGACUUGCGAAGGAAUUAGUUCUGGUCGAUGCCUCGGAAGCAAACCCCAAAAAGACAGAAAGAGACUUCGAUCGGUGCUUGUACGGCCCGUAUCUACACCAGACCUCCCCCAGUCGGCUCUCCGCCGUCGUUAUCCUCGGUACCUUGGGCUUGCUCGGCCAACACGGCGCCGAGAAGGGUAUCGUCGUCUCCCACAUGGUACAUCAGAUGGCCAAAUUCGCCGAGGAGGACGUGCGACUCCAGUUGCGAAUUGCAAAGCAAGCCAUGGAUAAGGGGGGUAAAAGAUUACGGCAGCACCAGAUCCGGCAAUUAAUACAGCGUUGGGGCUCCCCAAUGAAGCAACAGCCACGGAUCGGACUUUCGCAGGACGGUUCCAGCAUGACAACGCCGGCCGGCACAACCAGUCGAAAUGUCACGCAAAACGACCAACCUUGGCCAUUUCAAAUCAGGGCCAAAAUCGGCUCGUUGCUGGUCUCGGCUUUGAUGGAGACCGCCAGAAUUACGGUCAUCAAGGAACACCCAGUGACCAAAGAGCUGGUAUCGCAGUCCCAGCCGGCCUUUUCGCAUAGUAUAAUCCUCAAGCAAGGCAAGAAGGUUGGCGUUUUCUUGCCAAAUGCCGCAGUGCUGGAACUCAUGAAAAGGGAACCCAGGGGCGAAUUUCUCGCACGUCACUUACCCAUGGUCGUUGAGCCUGAGCCGUGGACCAAGUUUAACAAAGGCGGGUUUAUUGAAUACUCAAGUGCUCUCAUCCGGGUUAAAGACGGGUUGAAGGAGCAGCAGCUCUACGCCGAAGCAGCCAUCGAGCGAGGAGAUAUGGAGCAGAUGCUCAGGGGUUUAGACGUGCUGGGUAAGACGGCUUGGAGGGUCAACCGCAAGGUCUUCGACGUUCUUCUCGCGGUGUGGAACACGGGCGAGGCGCUUGCCGACAUUCCACCACUGAACCCUGAGAUCCCGCUCCCUCCAGAACCGGAUUCUACCGACGACCCGAUGAAGAGGCGGGCUUGGUUCCGGCAUGUCAAGAUGAUUGAGAACGAGAAGUCGGGGCUGCACUCGCAGAGGUGCUCCAUGAAUUUUCAGCUCGAAGUAGCCAGGGCAUUCCGAGACCAGACCUUUUAUUUUCCCCACAAUCUCGAUUUCCGCGGACGAGCAUAUCCCAUACCGACCUACAUGAAUCACAUGGGAGCUGACCACAUGCGUGGGUUGCUGGUCUUUGCCAAGGGAAAGCCUCUGGGAGAACGCGGCUUGCGCUGGCUCAAAAUUCACCUCGCCAACGUCUAUGGGUAUGACAAGGCCAGUCUCCAGGAGCGCGAGGACUUUGCCACGAACAAUCUUGAAAACAUCUACGACUCGGCCGAUAACCCGCUUGAGGGGAAGCGUUGGUGGCUCACGGCCGAAGAUCCGUGGCAGUGUCUAGCGACGUGCUUUGAGCUGAGGGCGGCGCUCCAGUCCCCUGAUCCGGCCGCUUUUAUCUCCCACCUGCCGGUUCACCAGGACGGCACCUGCAAUGGACUUCAGCACUACGCAGCCCUUGGUGGUGACAGUUGGGGCGCGCAGCAGGUAAACCUGCUGCCAGGAGACCGCCCUGCCGAUGUGUAUUCGGCCGUUGCCAAGUUAGUGGAAGAAGAAAUUGCCGAGGAUGCCAAAACGGACAACAUGUUUGCCAAGGCUGUGAUGGGUAAAGUUACCAGAAAGGUGGUUAAGCAGACGGUUAUGACCUAUGUGUAUGGUGUCACAUAUACUGGCGCCAAGAAGCAGGUCCUGAAGCAACUGAAUGCAUUGUACCCAGGGCUGGAAGAAGAGACGGGCGUCGCGCUGACACUCCUCUCCGCAUACAUCGCUUCAAAGAUUUUUGCGGCCCUGACCACCAUGUUUGGUGGUGCCCAGGCCAUUCAGAAGUGGCUUGGCGAAAUUGGCGGCCGCGUAUGCAAUUCCAUGACUCCGGAGCAGAUCGAACACUUGGAGCGCGAGGUAUCCGAAAUUAAGAAGCGCUCGCUGGGAAAGAAGAAAGAGAAUGAAUCGAAAGACGCGUCUGAUGGCAAUACCGAAGUACACAAGCUCUUCCGCUCCACUCUCGUCUGGACAACGCCGCUACGGAUGCCUGUGGUACAACCUUACAGGAAGCCGUCUACCCGCCAAGUCCAUACGUGCCUGCAAACACUCGUCUUGACCAACCCGCAAAGGCAUGACCCGGUUAACCGGCGGAAACAGCUGCAAGCCUUCCCGCCCAAUUUCAUUCACUCCCUCGAUGCCAGUCACAUGAUGCUGUCGGCACUCGAGUGUCACGACAAGGGUCUCACGUUUGCUGCCGUUCACGAUUCGUUCUGGACUCACGCGGCGGACGUGGAGGUCAUGAAUGACAUCAUUCGCGAUUCUUUUAUCCGGAUCCAUAACGAGGAUGUCAUUGGCCGUCUCAAGGCCGAGUUUGAGGCGAGGUACCGCGGGUCUCUUCACCUAGCCAGGAUUGACCGCUCCAGCCCCGUUGCGCGUAAGAUCCUGGAGCAUCGCAGAUCUAACAAGAAGUCCAAAGCCCUCAAGGCUGAGUUGCUGCAAGAGGCGCGGCGCCAAAAGUUGCUACGCUCUAUGGAUCCCGAGGAAGUCAGAGAGGGGAGGGAGAUGGUAACGCCGGCUAGCAUCUUUGAGGAGUUUGGGACACCGGAUAUGGUGUCGAUUGAAUCUGGCACUGAAGUCUUGGAACAAUUGGCCGUGAAUGAUGAAGCAGAGACGGAGGCAUCUCUGGCCGAACCCGACGAGAGCCCCGAGUUGGAGGAAGUGGAGGUUGCGGCAAACGACGACGCAUCUGAAGACGCACCUGAGGACGCAGCACUCCCGGGCAGCAAGUACGCCGAGCACUUGUUGGCGGUCAAGGACACCAACUAUUUCGAAAUGGAGACGAGGCCAAGAUACACGGACCGGCGCCAAGCGUCCACCCUGUCGCUGUGGCUCCCGUUAACGUUUCCCGAUAUCCCACCCAAGGGUGAUUUUGACGUGCGGAAGCUCAAGGACAGCAGGUACUUUUUCUCAUGAGAGGAGGAUUUGCUCUGUCUAACCGAGUGAACAUGGGCAUUUCACAGCCAAAAAAAAAACAUUGCAUCUUUGCGGCGUUUCAUUUUAUCCUUUGCAUGAGGGCAGGUUUUGGCAUGGCGUUGAAAGAAGACGUGGGCAUGUAAGGAUACAUGUAUUCUAGUGUCGCUCAGCCUUCUGUCUUGGUCAGGCAGGUGGUGUUGUUUGUAUCAAAACUUCUGUUGUAUAUUGUAUGAUAGAAAGGGGCAUUUAAAGUAGUAAACAAUCUCUU